GCACACAUAACUCAAAGGAAAACAACGAUCGGCCCAAGCACAGAGGAACAAAUAAACCCGAGGAAAAGAAAGAAUCCCAGAACUGAACUGAAGGAGUUCUCUCCUCCUCGUCUUCGUCUUCUUCCUCUUCCCAAGCGCAGGCUGCUCGUAGCGGGGGUUUCGAGGAUGCCGAAGGCCGCGGGCGACGCCAAGCUCCUGAUCCAGUCCCUCAGCAAGGCCUACGCCGCCACCCCGACGAAUCUCAAGAUCAUUGACCUGUAUGUGGUUUUCGCCGUGGCGACUGCCGUUGUGCAGGUCGUUUACAUGGGAGUAGUUGGGUCAUUUCCCUUCAACUCUUUCCUCUCUGGUGUGCUGUCAUGCAUAGGAACUGCAGUGCUUGCCGUUUGCCUGCGCAUUCAAGUCAACAAAGAUAACAAGGAAUUCAAGGAUCUUGCCCCGGAAAGGGCCUUUGCAGAUUUUGUCCUGUGCAAUCUGGUGCUCCACCUGGUGAUCAUGAACUUCCUCGGAUAAGCAACUGCUGUUCAAGUUAUCAAGAUUUUGUAGUGUCGAAACGGUCAUCCUAUUAGAUACUUAUGUGUUCUCGCAUACUACCUAUGUAAUCUGAAAAUUUCUUGAUGAACUAUAGGAAUUUUCAACCAGUUACUCACUGCAGUUUAUCAGAAUUUGUUGUGUUUAACGUGACAAUGGAAGAACAUGAAUGAAAAACUUGGUUUCUUUGAGGGAGUGGAAACUGGAAAGAGUACUUUAAUAA